AGUUUACUGUUGACCAGCAACCUGUCGAGUCUGAUAGAUUUUACCAUAACCUAUACCACAAAAUUGAUUUUUCAGAUUUUUUGGUUAAUCGACUCUUUAAUUUUGUUUUGGGAAACACGUCAACAUGACGUCCAUUUUGUUUGGUAACCCGAAGAUGAUUUUGCCGUACGAGUGGAUUCUGGAGAAUAUCGAGGAAGAACCAAUGACGAUCGCGUCGAAUAUGAUUUUAUUUCGUGGCAAAAGAGUUUUCCGUGUGGGUUUGAAGAAUCACGCACUGAAUCCCGUUUUGUUUUUGUUGGCAAUUGAUCUCGAUAAAAUCGGUAUGAAAGUGGAAGAUGUCAUGUACGGAAAACCAGGUAUUGACAAUGGAGUAGCAAAGAUGGCGAAAUUGAAAAACCAGGACAUCGGUGAUGAAGGAAGUUUACAGCUAUUCACCAUAAAAUUUCCUAAAAAGAAGUUCGUUGGAAAAUUCAAAAUUAUGUUUCGAAUUUGCAUUGGAGGAACUGAUCCCGGCUAUUCCUAUCAACUCUGCGAUCGUCUUGCCAAGGAUCAAUUAUGGGCUGCUCUCAAAAAUCAACAGGAUCUGCUCGACGUUGUUUUUAUCGUGAAAGACAAGACAUUCCCUGCAAACAGAGCCAUUCUUGCUGCCCGAAGUCCCGUGUUUGCAGACGAAUUCGAAAAAAUUCAACUAGACGUUCCUCAUCAGAUCCGAAUGGAUGGAGCAAAACCUUCAACUGUGUUGAAUUUUCUGCACUUCAUUUACACAGGAGAACCGAUGGAAACGUUGGCAGAUGAAGAAUUGCUCAAAUUAGCUGAUCACUACAAACUAAAAACUCUGACUGGACUAUGUAAACUUGCUCUGAAGAAAACAGGUGCCAUGCAAAUGGCGAAAGUCAUCAAAUAUUUAAACAGCAACGCCGAAGAUCUUACCUCUUCCAAAAUCAUACCAGAGGAAGAAACGGAAAUAAUUUUUGAUCGAACGACGCCUACCUUUCGAUGCCCUUGGCUAUUGAAAAAAGCUGAAAAUGGCCAAACCAUAUGUGUGAUGCAGUAUCAAAAUGAGGAUAUUUUUAUUUCUUACUUCACUGAAGAAAAACAAAUUGAUUUGCAAUUGAACCAAGGCGAUUACGGUAAACUUGUGAUUCAUUUUGCAUGUGCCAAGCAUCGAAGAUUCGGUUUGAAAGUUGAGGAUGUCUACUGCGGCAUGCAGCAAUCAGGCACGCGAGGAUAUAAAAUAUGGUUAAAAAUGGAACCGAAAUAUCACCAGGAAAACGCAGAACUACUACACUUCACCGUACAAGCUCUUUUUGAUUUCAGCCAAGGAAAACUUGAAUCUCGAGUAUACUUUCAUAUUAAAACGGUCAGCACGAUAAGCAAUUAUUACUACGAGAUGAUGGACGACAAAUGGCCGACAGAUUUUUGGAUGGCAGCUUUAAAUCAGAAGUUAACGGAUGUCGAAAUCUUAGUCGGGACUGUUAAGCUGAUGGAAGCCCACCGAGUUAUUUUAUGCGCCCGGAGUCCUGUCCUGAAUUCUUCUUUGAACAAGAUCAACCACACCGGGAAAUCCAUCGUCACAUUCGAGGCGGAAUUCGAUGUCGAGAUUGUCAAGAAUUUCCUAAAUUUCCUUUACACCGGAUCUUUAAAAACGACUGACGGCGGCCAUCAACUUGGUAAAUUGGCGACUAUGUAUGAAGUGGAGACAUUGACAAAUGUGUGUCAACUAAUUAAUCGCGUACCAGAUAUUAAAGAACUGAGCGACUCUCUCUUACAGGUAGAAUCAUCAAUACAGUUGCCGUAAUUCGUUAAUUGAAGAUUAUACAUGUGUUGUGUAUUUAAUUAUUUAAGUAAUGCAAAUACAGAAUUUCAUGUAUGAUAUUUG